CGCUCGGAGUGGUUGCUUUUUUGUUGAUUACGUGCGUGGUUUUUCAUACAUCCGUCUAGCUAGAACUGUGUUGUGUUGUGUUGUGUUGUGUUGUGUUGUGCGCGGUGAAUGAGAGAAGAAUAGCCGGUGGAGAACGAAAAUUUUCACCUUGUUUGGCAAUAAGCACCACGCAGCCGUGGUUGAGUGACGGGGUUUGAAUUAUUUAUGUUUUUAUUCGUUCCGGUUCGUAGAACAUGCGUCCACUACUACUAACCAUAGAGCCGAAAGUGUCGAAUGUAAUCAAACUCAGAAGAAGGAGAAUGUGCUGAUUUGUGGUGCGAUUCGAUGCCAGUGAAGGGAAGAUUCUUUUCCGGGGGUCUUCUCCAGCGUUGUGUAGUUUUAACUGAAGUGGCACCGCGAGUCGAGUAACCAAGUUUUGUCGGUUUUCGAGGCUGAUUAGGAGCGGGCUCUGCAUUGAUAUGGUUGGCUGGAUUUUCGGUGUGCAGUUUUGUUUUUCGCUGACCAUGUGUAGUGCUGGAACUCUGUGACCUGUAGACGCUUCGUAGACUACAGGGUAGAGUCGCAGAAAUAAACGAGUGUAAAUUCGGUGUUAGUGACUUUCAUUAAGCUUUUUUAUGUGUUUUGAUAAGCUGGACGAGAGUUUUAUGAGACACGCGAAAGAGGUUGAACAAGAGUGUUUCUCAAGUAACAAUCUCCAUCAAGUGAUGCAAUUAUUGCAUGAAGUUGAGAUCAGCUCCGGCUUAAAUGUGAUCUUCCCAUCAACGACGGUGUUGGCAGAUCCAAGAAGAGCACUGCUGCAGGAAGAUUUUUAAAAAACCGGAAAUAAACACCAAUACGAAGUGUAUGCAGUACAAUCUAUCUCGAUCGGGAAAUCUCUGCCUGCAGAAGAAGACCCUCGCGGAAAGCGCGCAUAUUCGCGCUGCCGUUCACCUGGUUCCCCAAAGUGUGCUAUUGCAUCAAAAAAAUCAACCAACGGCAGUGAGCCUCCGCCCGUCGUCAGGCUUGAGUGAGUUCGAUAAAAAAAGAAGAGUUUCGAUUAUAUUUUUCGACUAGAAAUAACAGAAAGAAUUGUGCAAAAAUCAUACUGUGUUGUUGUCGGGGGUCUCGCGAAACAUGGCCGCCGCUUUCCGUCCGUCAUCUGAACCAGUAGCACCGCGACGCAAGUUCAGUUAUGUUGAAAACACUAGUAGUUCCACUAGUACCGGCUUCGCCACCUCCGCCUUCUGUCCCAAUAAUAACGAACGAGACAGCAGCAGCAGCAGCAGCAGCAGCAGCAGCAGCAGCGAGUGGAUGUGCUGAAUCAGCUGUUUCGAGCAGAGAGAUAGCGAGAGAUAGAAACGACCGGUAGUUUGAGCAAGUGACAAUAGAAAGUGACCGUGUGCCGAUUCUGUGUCGAGUUGAGAGUUGUGCGGUACAUUUGCUAUUGUCUAAAACACAGUCAGAGAAGAGAUCCAAACGUGCUGGUUUUAUUUAGGAGUGUGCAGGAGUGGCAUAGCUUGAUUGUUGCGAAUUAUAUUGUUUGAAGAAGAAAAGAGAGUGAACCUGCGAGUCAAGGUUAUUUGGAUAUUGCCAAACUUGUCUUCCUGCGUUCGUCGGUGGCCUUUACCGUUUUGUGUCUGUGUCUUCUGCUACUAAUCUGAUGAUACAUCCGUGAGAUUGUUUAUUGUCGUGAUUUUUCUUCUGAGUGAGACGGAUAUUUAUGACGGUAUAAUUCGAUCUUUGUGUGUUGUGGCAGCAUAGCAGCAGUAUUUGUUCAGUGACUGAGUGCUUCCCUCGGCGAGAAUUCCAGCCGAAUGUCGUUCCCAAAAACAGCAGUGAAGUGUCAAUGAAGCGUGCCUGCGUGGAACUUAUCUGGCAACUACUACUACUUCUACUAGUACCACAGUAAAACAGGCAGUGUAUAAAAAAACCCCUCAACAGGAAGAACAAAAUGUCCAAAACGAUCGAAACGCACCUGCAGAGCAACGAGGUCCGAAUUCCGAAGAAGACAGGAUUCGACGUGUCCUCGUCGGCUGCACCGUGUCAGUACUUCAAGAGUUCCUUCGCCCGGUCGCUUUCGUUCAACCAGAACGGUGGCAGUCCGUACGGGGGAGCCGGUCAGCACCACUUUACCCGGUCGCUCGAUUUCGAGGUGAACUUCGGACUGGCCACCAUUCCGGAUCAGCCCUCGUCAGUCGGUUCGGGUGGAGGUGGCUCAUCGCAAACUACGCCGUCCGCUUCGCCGGUGUACGAUCCGGAACGGGAAGGAAACGUAAAAACGAAACUGGUAAACGGAAUCGCCACCAGCAACGGAGGGGUCGUCAAAACGCUGUGGAACUAUUCCAAGGGAUCGGACUCCAAGAUGGCCUCUCCCGGAGGAACUCCAACGAAACUCUCGAUGGGUGCAGCGUCAGCAUCAGCAGCUACGGCAACAUCCAUAGCAUCUCUAUCCUCAUCGACAGCCUCAUCAUCAUCCACAGUGCCGUUCGGCUCCGGCUCAUCUUCGUCUACGCGAAAGAGCGUUGAGGCCAACGAAAUCGAAGUUCUACGACUACGAAAGGAAUGCCAAAAUCUCAUCGAGGAGAAUCGCCGUCUAGUGAAUCUGGCCGCCAAUAGCGGAUACGCUAUCAACGGUGUGAUGAACGGUGGCAGCAAUGGCGGACCCGGAAGCGGUAGCAGCAGUCUUACCACCCUUGGACUGGGGCUCACCGGUGGAGGAACUACAGGAAGCGGCGCAGGGAAUGGUGCUCCCGGCAUGUAUUCCAAUGUGGAAUCUGUGAUCCUGCAAACGCAAGUGGAAACAUUGCAGUGGCAGCUCAAGCAGGUUGACUCCAGCCGACAGAUGUACCGGGCCGUGAUGGAGGAGGUGGUGCGGUACCUGGACCGAUGCUACCGAAGUCUGGACGCACUGCAACCGAACGUCAUCGGCCGGUCGAAAAGCGUCCUCCAGGUGUCGAAGAACAACGCCAACCACGAUUCGGAUAGUAGCAGUGCCAGCAGUCCAAGAGCCCGCAGCAGUACGAACCUCAACGAUGUGCAAAAAUCCUAUACCAAAAAGCAGCAGGAACUGUUGAUCCACCAUCACCAUCAGCAACAGCGGCAUCCUGCCAGCACGGGCUCCGCCAUCCCUCUGCUGGACGAUGACUGCGCUCCGUCCUCGCCUGCCAGCUCGUAUAGCACUUUUCGAGAUUUUACUUGGCGCCGUUCGCCGAAACGCACCCAGACUCUGCCAAUUUCCAGCGUCGAAGUUGACCCGGAGAAGCUGGCCCAGGAAGCGUUCCGUCUGCUGCGGACAGUCCAGAAUCUACUCAACACCCAAGAACCAACGCUAUCGCAAUCGUCAACCGCCCUUGAUAGUCUGCUGUUGGCGUCGGCUGCCGGAUCCACCACGGGAAGCACCUCGACACUGACCGGUGCCGGCGCUGGAGGUGGAUCAUCGUCAGCGACGGUUCAUCACCAUCACCAUCAUCACCACAUGCCUGGAGCGGUUGAAGCAAUGUACGGUGGAGUGGUGAAUGCCCGGAGUAAUGUCGCAUUCAGUCGGAAGCUGAACAUGAGAGGGAGCCGACUGUCGCUGAGGAGCAGUACGGACGAUUCGGUGCAUUCGACGUCUUCGUCGAACAAGACGGAAACGGACGAGGAUAACACGGAUAGGCCUUCACCUCCGUUGGGUCACCACUUGCACCAUCCGUUAGUCCAUCAGCACCAGAAUAGUGGAAGCAGCAGCAGUAGCAGCACAACCAGUAGCAAUAGCGGCCAUCUAAUCAAUCACCGUCACAGUGCAAACAUCGACCGGAUCAAGGAGAUGAUGAUCUCCAGCUCGGCGGAGGACGAAAGUGGAUUUAGCUCGAUGAAUUCCUUCCAGGAAAUUGGACUACCGCUGAUAAAUUCAACCAUGCUGUCGUCAUCUUCCGCAGCAUCGUCGACAACCGGUGUCUGUUCGGUGGACUCGAACUCAUCGGCUGCCUCCUCCACCGGAUCGGUAUCCUUUGUAUCGGACGAAUCCUCCGAUCUGCGGGACAACACCGUUAUCCCAACAGCCAGCAUUGCCACAACGAUCGCCAUAAACCCAAGCUCCUCAUCUUCGUCCUCCACCAACUCCACCCUAACCAACAUGAGCAAUGGAAGCAGCAAACAUCUUUCCGACAAACUGGGAAUUCCAUCGCCAUCCAAGGCACCGGAAAUUCCCGCCCGGGUAACGCAAUCCGCUGCGUACGAGCACCACAAUCACUUCAUCAACCAUCGCCGGUGGGACUCGGCGCCGGUCGUACCGCCGAAGCUUAAAAUCCACCGACACAACGGAACCGAUUCGGACGGCGGUGUGUCCUCUCGGGUUCUGUGGGUGUAGCGGUGAUGGAACCCAGCCCUCCUGGGAGCUGUUGCCUUGUCGUCGCCGACAUCGCUCUCCUCGCAUAUGCGCUUUCUAAUAAGUUUCGCUUGCUGUAGAAGUAGGUCUACUUCUGGAACUAACCCCAAAAAGUAGCGGUUAAUUUUUGCUUUGCAGUCGAUCAUAAAGGAGAGGAUAUAAGCUUAACAUGUUUUGUUGUCCGUUGUAUUAACUUCUAACUAUUUAUGUUUUCAAAGUUCUUCCAAUGUGCGUUGUUGGAUGAUGCCCAAACGAGAAGAGAACAGUAAAAUAUUGCAUUUAUUUAGGAGACGUUUAGGUUUAAGUUUCCCAAGAAAAGCUCCCAAUCUGUCGUAGUUUUAGCCGAAAAAAAGAAACAAUUCUUCGGACAAGCAAUGUAAAUUUUACAGGAACCAUAUUUUAUUACCAAAGCUAUACAGAAAUAAAAAGGAAACUGAAGUAACGUGCCUGCAAAGCGUUACGAACGGGAAGCGUUUCAGAACACGGUCGUAGAAUUUAACUCAAAUUUGAGUUUCGUUUAUUAAGUUUUACUAAUACUACGGACACUUAUAGACUGAGUUAAAAUACGACUCGAAUCGGAGUUAAUGUGAGUUAUAGUCGAUUUAAAGAUUAACUCAGAUUCGAGCAUCAUUUGUGGGUGUCCGCAGUUUUAGUGAAAAUAAGUAAACGAAAAUCAUGAAUGAGUUAACUUCAACGAUCGUGUUCACAGACGGGAAGCGUUUUAGUACAGACACAAACUUUAUUGGAUGUCGAAAUUGGACCGGUUCACAGUUGAUUCGAGCAGAAGCGGAUGAAAUAUUUGCUUUAAAAUCAAGUAAUAUUGUAAUUGCAAUAGACGGUUAACUAAUGAGCAUUUAUAUUACUCGUGUACUUACUUACCUUAUGAUACUACUCCUAAUACUACUACUUACUGUUAUCACCAUUAUCGCUAGGAAACUUUUAGUGUAAAACUAAACUACCCGUCGUAAGAGAAAACACCAAUAGAUUAUUUUACUAUCAGCGAACCACCGAAUGAGGCGGAUCGCGAAUGAGUUUAUACAUUUAAUAUCGAAUACCUAUUUUAUGAAUGUUUGUGAUAAUUUAUUGAACCUUCAAAAGUCCUUUUUUCGUUUCGUCCACUGAAACCCUCCUUUGAGUUGCCACUUUUAAAUGUUUAAGUUUCUGCUGCGCAAAACCGAGUUGUACAAAUUUAUGUUUG